AUGGCUCUGCUGAAGGUUCUGAUGCUCCUGGGGCUGGGUGUUUCAGUGAAAUCAGAUGUUUCUCUGCAGAAGAGAAUCAUUGGAGGUCAAAACUGUGAUGAAGGUGAGCAUCUUUAUCAUGUUCGGCUGGAGAGACGUAACGGUACUCAUAUGAGCCGCUGUGGAGGAUCUCUGAUCCACCCUCAGUGGAUCCUGACUGUGGCUCGCUGCUGGAAGUCAGAGGAUGGAUGGACUAACAGAGCAAUGUUAAAAGUUCAUCCACGGACUGUUAUACAGUACAUACAGUCAAUCCGACAAGUUCCUGAGAUUUACGGCCAGCACCAUGACAUCAUUUUGCUGAAGCUUCAGACACCAGUAACAGAUGUCCCAGUUGCUCGGCUACCAGACUGCAGUUAUCGUCUUAAAGCAGACGAUGUUGUUCAACUGGCAGGAGAGGGAGCAACAACAGCUGGCCCCAAUAAUGAACGAUUGCCCCCCAAUGCUCCUAUUCCAGCACAUCUUCAAUGUGUCAACAUGCAGGUUUUUCGUAUUUCCGUCAUCAUGCCGCCGUAUGGGUAUAUAUUCCUUGCUUCAGCACCGAACAGGGAUAUAUGUCGUGGCGACACUGGUGGAGCAGCGGUGUACAACGACAUGAUUUAUGGUGUGAUUUCUUUUGCUGGAAUAAAGGCAUGUCAGAAACCAACUGCAAUCUUGGAUGUGUGUGAAUACCUGUGGUGGAUAAAAGCCGUAACUAGGAUUCAAUAAAACAUGAACUAUAAUGAAAUAAAAUUCUCAUCAAAUUUCCUCUCACAUAUAAAUUUAUAAUUUUAUCUUCAUCAGUUUGAUCCACAUGUUUGUAGAAUUAGAAUAAAUCAAUAGUUUUGUUUUUUCUCACCUGAUCUUGACCUCCCUAAUGGAGCUUUCUCUUCACCUGAAAAAUGAAAAAUAAAUCAAUAAAUGAAUGAAAA